AUGACGGGAAUGGACGUCUUGAGUUUGAAUACUUCAGACUCAGGUCAACACAAGACGGCCAUCGCCCACCCAUACUCAUCCGCGGGGUCGUCAGCCUCAUCUUCCUCUUCUUCUAUCUUCUCUUUGGAUAGCUUGUCAUCACAGACUUCUAUUUCAUCAUCAACUACUGCUGCAGACGUGAUCUGGGAAAAUGAAGCCUCGGGAGAAUUAUCCAGUCGAGGUUUGUCCCAUUCUGAAAAUGUCUCUCACUAUGUGCGGGCUAGUCUGAAAGGUUGCCCUACCAAAGCCUCUGAUGCUCCGGUACACCCAGAGAUGCGAAAGCACCCUAGACGUACUGGCGGCUCAGCGGUCUUGUCGAAUGGCACCUCCGCAUGCCAUCGCGCUCCACCUCACCUUGUGCGGCAAUGUGACCGCAAAAACUCUUUUGUCGACAAUCUUGUCGACUCUGCUUCCCAGAUUGUAGAGACAAUAUGGCCACUAUCCGUGGUUGCUCUUCGGAGUGAAUCUUCACUCAGCUGUAAGGGUGUCUUGCCUCUCCGUAAUUUCAUUCAAGAAACUUUGCGGAGAUCUCGUACUAGCUAUAGUACUUUACAGGUCGCUCUAUACUACCUGAUCAAGAUUCGGCCCCACGUACCCAAUCAUGAUUUCACUAUGGAGCAACCUCGUGAUAAACCUUGUCCUCGAGCAAUGCAAUGCGGUCGACGAAUGUUCCUCGCCGCACUAAUCCUUGCCUCGAAAUACUUGCAAGAUCGAAACUAUUCUGCUCGUGCUUGGAGCAAGAUUUCCGGUCUCAAGAUCUGCGAAAUUAACCAGAACGAGAUGAUGUUUCUGCAAGCCGUGAACUGGAAACUCCACGUUCCAGAAGCCACCUACCAUCGGUGGACAGAUAUUGUUCUUAAGUAUACUCCUACCCCAGCAACUUCUCACUGCCCUGAAGAGUGCUGGCGGACUGUAAUACCAAAAUUAACCCCAGAGCUUGACACAAUCGACGUCGAUCCUUCUAGUCCGCGCGACCGCCUGGGCUCGUUGGUUGAUGUUCCAUCACCUGGCCGCUCAGCGUGGGAAGGUAGUGUCUCUUCAGGCACGCCUAACGAGCCGACUUCGUGUCCCCGAAGCAUUCCUCUGGCUCUUGAACCUACUCGUAUGGACAAUCCGAACCCAACUCUGCCGACUCUCCACAAGCUCGGCCUUCUCCCGACACCGCAGUUGACGCCUCAGUCCAGCGCUGCUUCCACUCCUGCUGUGAGUGCUAGUGGUUUCUGUUCUAGGCGGCCUUCAAUCGGUACCGCAAUGUCUCACGCACAGAGUAUGUGCAUGGCACGUUUUGCUCUUGACCCGCGUCCGUGUAACAAGCCUACAAACGUGGAUGGAUUUCCUACCUUAACACGCCGUUCUUCCCUCGCACGAUCUACAUCGUCUACUUCAUCACCGGAGUCAAUGAUCUCUGACAUCUCAACAUUCUCGUCGCGUUCUUCCCGGUCUUCUUCGAUCUCGUCAUGCGCAUCUGCGACCUGCGCGCCUGUUCGGCCUAGAAUGGCCGUUACGGCGACUCGACGCUGCGCAGCGAAGUCAUUGAAGGACAACCGGAAGAACCUGUCGAUUCAGUCGCCAAUCGAUGAGAUCUCUAUGGCCGGUGUCUAUCAGUCUCCUGAACCGGAUACUGACAAUGGAUGCGGAUCAGUCCCCGAUUUUUCUAAUUUCAGUCUUCAUACGCCUGUUGAUAUGACUGCUCAUGAAGCUGCACAAGGACUUUGCGAGCUUUCUGGCGCUAUGCCACUACAACAGACUACGCCGCAGAAGAUGGAAGAGGGCAAACGCUGCAGAAAACGAGGCCGAACCACCUCUGAGGAUCAAAUGCUCCAGAACAAUGUCCGCGAG